AUGGUUGAUAUUGCAGCUAACGUAGAGCGAGUGGUACUGCUUCGAGAAGCGAAGAAUGUUGGGUAUAAAAGGAGGAAUGAAAACCAGAGUCAAGGAGGAGCAAAGAAGCCUAACCAAGGCUAUCAGGGAAACCAAAGGAGGAACGAUGUUGGAAACAAAGGACAAGGUUAUCGUGGAAACCAGAAUAAUAGGGCGCAAGAAUGUGCCAAAUGUGGGAGAAGAGGCCACAUCGAGAGUGAAUGCCGUGUAGGAUCGAACACUUAUUUUCAAUGUGGGAGCCAUGAUCAUUACAUCAGAGAUUUUCCGAAGCAGGAUAUGGUUGAUAUUGCAGCUAACGUAGAGCGAGUGGUACUGCUUCGAGAAGCGAAGAAUGUUGGGUAUAAAAGGAGGAAUGAAAACCAGAGUCAAGGAGGAGCAAAGAAGCCUAACCAAGGCUAUCAGGGAAACCAAAGGAGGAACGAUGUUGGAAACAAAGGACAAGGUUAUCGUGGAAACCAGAAUAAUAGGGCGCAAGAAUGUGCCAAAUGUGGGAGAAGAGGCCACAUCGAGAGUGAAUGCCGUGUAGGAUCGAACACUUGUUUUCGAUGUGGGAGCCAUGAUCAUUACAUCAGAGAUUGUCCGAAGCAGAGAAAGUUGAGUUUCGAGCAGACUUAA